UCAAUGGAUCUUUCAUGGGCUGUUUGGGAUCAAGAAAAGGAUGGUUUACUUGUUUUAAAUGAGACAUAUGUUUUAUUGCAAUGCAUGGAUAAGUCUAAUGCCAGCAUGAUAAGAAAAGAUAUAAAAAAAGUUGACGCAGAAUUCAAUGAAGAAUUUAAAGAACCCCCUCUCAUAGACGAUGUGGUUAUGAUUCUUUUAGAAGCCGAAUCUAGAGAAAAAUUUAAACAAGAAUUUCCGCGUUUAAUGGACUUUUUUAGAAAUAUUGAAAAUCAUACAAAUGGUUCUCAUAAAUGGUUUUCUAUGGAGAGAUAUAAUGUAUUAGGUCGUAACUCUGCUCCAAAUAAACCUUAUAUCUAUUCUGGACAGAGUUAUUGGAGUUUAGAAGCUAGGCAUAGCGGGAAUUGGAUUUGGGAUAUAUUUGAGGAGCAAGGUUUCAUCACUGCGCAUUCUGAUGGUUCUUGUGGUGGUUUUUUGAGUCACUCAGAUUGGAGUACUAGUGAUAUAAGUUAUUGGUAUAUUCAAGAAAAAUCUCGAAAUGGAAAUAAACGACUAUUGCCAGGAAAUCAUCGUUUCCCUGUAGAUUCUAUAUGUGAUAAUUAUAUCCUUUCAAAGAAAGGUCAAGUUGAAAGUUCAAAAUUUGAAAAUUCUUGCGUAUUCAAGAAUAAAGACAGUGAAUCGAUUUUUAUGCAAGGCUUUAUUUUUGGACAGAGUCCUUACUGCUUAGGACAAAAGACAUUGGCACAACAUUCAUUGGAUUGGAUUGAAGAUUUUCUCUAUGAAUAUUCUGGAGAAAGACGAUUUGUCACAUCAACUUUUUUUGAUACUAAUGUAGAAGGAAGAAUUAAUUCUGGGUUAGAAGAUGAUUUGUUGAAUUUAAUAAAAAAAAUGAUUUCUAAAGAAACACCUUUAUUGUCUAAAAAUAGCGAUCAUGGCCUGCACUAUGGUAAUGAAUAUAGAACAUUUGAAGGUUAUUUACAUCAUAAGCAACCUAUUAUGAUGAUGUUGCUGCCAAGUCAGUUACUAGAAACUUAUCCAGAAUUUGAAAUAUCUCUUGAUAUGAACAAAGAUAUUCUUUCGACACAUUUAGAUUUUCAUCAAACCUUAUUACAUCUCGCAUACGGUAAUGAUGAUACGAACCGUGAUAAAUACGACAAAUAUGUUGAUUACUUUCUUCCAGGUUUUACCGAAAAUACCAAAUCAGAAGUACAUAUAGAUAAAACAGAUGCAGAAAUUUAUGGACAAUCGUUUUUAACACCAAUGUCUAAACAAAGAACUUGCGACUCAUUAAACAUUCCAGGAGAAUUAUGUCCAUGCUUAGAUUUUUCGAAACUCGAUUAUGAAGAUAUAGAGCAAAAAGAAUUAAUAGAUAAAGCGAUGAUUAAAGGAACGAAUUAUAUGAAUAAAUUCUUAAAAGAUAACCAUUUAGAUUUCGUAUGUAAUCUAUUUCAUUACGAUACAUCUGAUAACGGAAGAACUGAUGAUAAUUAUAACACGAUAAGUUUCGGCACCGGAUUUUUUAAUAGGAAUUUGGCACCUGAAUAUGAGAUGUAUCACGUGACAGUAAAGGUGAAAAAUUUUGAUUCAUUUUUGACUAUACGUACAAGCAAGAAUGAAUUAUUAUGGUCUUUAGUAGAUGAAAUUUCAAAUUUAGAAGUUUAUCAAGAUUCAGUGUCUGAACUGGAAUGGAACAUAUGUAAAUCUAGACUUAGAAAUGAAUUGAGGAAACCUUUGGAUAAAGAAAUUGAAAAGAUUGCUAGACAUUUUUGUUUUUGCGUAAAAUAA